AUGGCGUCUGCGGUGCGGUUGUUUGGGGCCCUGGCAGCGGUACUGUUUUUGGCCGGCUGCACGGCUGAAAGCUGCACCGAGCCAGUGAUCGUCCCUUCAUACUACACUACAAAUGAUGCUGUCAUUUCUUCUGAGAGUGUCUUCAUAGUGGAAAUCUUGCUGACCUGCAAUAACGGGGCACAGAAUGUUGCCCUCUAUGCUGAUGUUGCUGGCAAGCAGUUUCCGGUUACAAGGGGGCAGGACGUGGGGCGAUAUCAGGUCUCGUGGAGUAUGGAGCAUAAAAACGCUCGUUCCGGCACAUACGAGGUGAAAUUCUUUGACGAGGAGUCCUACAGUCUCCUUCGAAAGGCCCAGCGAAACCACGAGGACCUGUCUUCCAUCAAGCCCCUUUUCUCAGUUAAUGUUGACCACAGGGGUGCUUGGAAUGGGCCUUGGGUGGCCACUGAGGUAAUCGCUGCACUCAUCGGCCUUCUCGUCUACUACACCGCCUAUUGUGCCAAAAGCAACAUCCAGGCCUAG